CUUUGACUGCUGCGCUUCUCGCGCAGCCCCCCCCCUCCUCGAGCGUCCCUCUUUGAAGUUCCCGCGCGGGCGAGCAGAGCAGUUGGCGUCCCUGCCGCGCCGGGGCGGCUGAAGCCCUGGCUGUGGGGAGAGCCCCUCGGGCCUGCUGCUCCCUUGGGCGAACCGCAAGACCCCGCGGCUGAGGUCUUUCCGCCGCCGCCGCCGCCAUCAUGUCGGCGGGCUUCUCCUUCGGAGCUGGGACUUUGGCUUCCGCUACCGCGGCUGCUGCGGGCACCGGCGGGGGAGGCGGCGGCGGGGGCUUCUCUUUCGGAGGCACCCCGAGCUCAACUGGAGGCCUUAACUUUGGGACGUUGGGUUCAACAGCUACUGCUACUACAACUACUCCUUCUGUGGGUUUUGGCACUGGACUUUUUAGCUCAAAGCCUACCACAGGUUUUACCUUAGGAGGGACUAAUACAGGAACAGCUACAACUAUUGCUGCAGGAUUAACAUUAGGUGCGCCUGUUUCUACUACUGCUUCUACUACUGGCCUUAGUUUGGGUUUCAGUAAACCUGCUGGAUCAGCCACUCCUUUUGCUUUACCGAUCACUUCCACUUCUUCUGGACUUGCAUUAUCUUCUGCCCUUACUUCUGCUCCAGCAGCAGGCUCUUCUGGUUUUACAUUAAAUUUGGGAGGCACCACUGCUCCAACCACCACUGUAUCUACAGGACUUUCUCUGGGGGGAGCCUUGACUGGUUUAGGAGGAACACUUUUCCCAAAUGCAAGCACAUCUACAACAGGGCUUGGACAGAAUGCUUUUGGUUUGACCCUUGGGACAGCUGCAGCAUCUGCUACCACAGUUAAUGAAGGUCUUGGUGGCAUAGAUUUCAGUAGCUCUUCAGAUAGAAAAAGUGACAAAACAGGAACAAGACCAGAGGAUAGCAAAGCACUAAAAGAUGAAAAUUUACCUCCGGUAAUCUGCCAAGAUGUAGAAAAUCUCCAGAAGUUUGUGAAAGAACAAAAACAGGUUCAGGAAGAAAUCAGCCGAAUGUCUUCCAAAGCAAUGCUUAAAGUGCAAGAGGAUAUAAAAGCUUUGAAGCAAUUAUUAUCAGUGGCUGCAAGUGGAUUACAGAGAAACACUCUUAAUAUUGAUAAACUAAAACUGGAGACCGCUCAGGAACUUAAAAAUGCUGAGAUAGCACUAAGGACACAGAAAACUCCUCCUGGGCUUCAGCAUGAAAAUACAGCACCAGCAGACUACUUCAGGAUCUUGAUUGAACAAUUUGAAGUACAACUGCAGCAGUACAGACAGCAGAUUGAAGAACUGGAAAAUCAUCUUGCUACCCAAGCAAACAAUUCACACAUAACUCCACAAGAUUUAUCCAUGGCUAUGCAGAAAAUUUAUCAAACAUUUGUAGCUCUAGCUGCACAGCUUCAAUCAAUACAUGAAAAUGUCAAGAUGCUCAAAGACCAGUAUCUUGGAUACAGAAAAAUCUUUUUAGGAGAUGCUGUGGAUGUGUUUGAGGCAAGGCGAGUAGAAGCAAAGAAAUGGCAGACUGCCCCACGUGUUACAACUGGACCUACUCCUUUCAGCAACAUACCAAAUGCAGCGGCCAUUGCCAUGGCUGCAACACUUACACAGCAGCAACAGCCUGCUACAGGGCCACAGCCGACUCUGGGAAUUAGUUUUGGAACGCCAUUCGGUUCAGGUAUUGGCACUGGCUUGCAGUCAAGUGGCUUAGGCUCUUCAAGCCUUGGAGGAUUUGCAGGUAGCGCUGGUUUUGGAAGCAGUGCUCCAGGUGCGCCAUCGUUUGGAUUUGGAGUGGCAAAUAAGCCUUCAGGAAGCCUUAGUGCAGGCUUUGGCAAUUCGAGCACAUCUGGGUUUAACUUCAGCAAUCCUGGCAUCACAGCAUCUGCUGGCCUGACAUUUGGGGUGUCCAAUCCAGCCUCUGCAAGCUUUGGUACAGGAGGACAACUUCUCCAGCUGAAGAAACCCCCAGCUGGAAACAAAAGGGGGAAAAGAUAAAUAUGAAAAAAAGGAUGGGUGGGAUAGGGUCAGGUGAAAAAAAAAGGACUAUGCUUUCAUUUAGUUCAUCCUGAAAAUAUAUAUUUUUUUAAACUGAUAUAGUAGGUGCUCUGUGUCCUUGGAGAUUUAUAACAUUUUGCUACUUCUUCCCAUUAUGGGCUAAAAACUGUAAUUGUUACAAAUGCUCUAUUUUUUGUGAAUCAAAGCUUCUUUGUCUUCUAUAUAUGUAAUUAUUAAGGAAACUUAUAAAACCAUCUAUUUAAUGUAAUGUUGGUAACAAAUUAUUUUUGUCAAUAUGAUUUCCGCCAUACAUAGGUAUGCAUAUUUGGUUUCUUUUUAAAGUGAAAGUAUAUUCUAAUAUUCAGAAUCUUAAAUCCAUAUCUUCUGUUUUGUGAUAUGGCCUUUUAAAAACAUCAGGGUGGUUUUGUGUAUAUGUAUGUAAAUAUAUACAGUAUAAUGAACACUCACGUAUAUGAAUUAUAUAUAAUGCAUUUCAAACCAUGUGGGUUAUUUCUAAGUGCGAGUUUGGGGUAUUCUAUCAUGUCCUUAAAUACUGUUAGCAUAUGCAAGAGCAGUUGUAAUAUCUACUGCAUGUAUGAUAUUGUGACCUGUUUGGGUUCUCUCUUUUUUUCCAUUUCAUUUUUCCUUCAAAGCAUUAACUGAAUUUGGUGUUCACUAUAAGCAUUCUAUAUGGAUUUGUUUCUGAACUGUUGUGAUCUAUCUUUAGAGAGAAAGGCUUCAGAAGGCUUUUUGAGAAUUUUGGAAUGGCCUCAGUUUGCAUAAAAUGUUCAUGUGUGAUUGAUGGGUGCCCACAGUUUAACAUGGACAGAGAAUUGUCAUACAUGACUCUGUGACAAUUUAUCAGGAGAGUAAAGCUCUUAACUAAAAUUCCCUGCAAAUUUAAUUUGUUGCAGCAUUUCCCAUGGACUUUGUUUUCUCAUGUUAUACAGUUCAUCCAAGUAGAAAUUGCCUAGGCCAGAAGUCUUCAAACUUGGCAGCUUUAAGACUUGUGGACUUCAACUCCCAGAAUUCUGAGAGUUGAAGUCCACAAGUCUUAAAGCUGCCAAGUUUGAGGACCCCUGGCCUAAGCCAUGGCCUUUGUAAACCAGAUUUACGCUGGUAAAUUUAUGCUGAGGGAUUUUUCUACCAUCAUGAGGAAGACCAACUGACCUCAAUUGCACCAUUCCAAACAGAUGCAUAAAAUCUCCAAUCUGGAGUUGAUGCUUGCCUAUCUUAAGUAGAUAGCAGGUUUCUUGCUAGCUUAUAAAUCAUAGGAUGAAAGAUGUUUGUUAAUUAAUAAUUUGUUUUCAGACAAUUUCAGCAGAACAAUUCUUACUCUGGUUGAGUUUAUAGUAUUGUUGAGCUGUAUACCCAACUACACAAAUGUUUAAAGAGAAGCAACAGGAAUAUUUAUUGCCUUAAAUGAUGGGUUAGAACCCCAGUCCUUGAACUGUGCUGCUAGCGCUGACCCCAUUUAGUUCCACAGGGUUUGUGCUAGGGCCUUUUUUUUUUUUUUUAAGAGUCAGAUUGUAAAUCUCUACAGCACGUGUGUACAGAAUUUUGGUGAAGUCUAACCUUUUUACACAGAGAAUAUUUUGUAUAUAACUCAAAGAAAUGUUCACAAUUUGACUGAGGCACCUUUCAGAAACAAACAGGUGUAUGUACAUAUCCUGGUUAUGAAGUUGGCUGCUUUCAGUUCAGUACUAUUUUUGUAAGUUCCGAAUGUUUUAUGUCAUACAAGAGCGAGUUGUCUGGCCAAAUGUGAGUUUUGAAUGCGAUAGAUUCAGAGCCUAUUUAGCACAAGGCUUUUCAUAUUGGUUGUGAAUAGCACCAAAGUUUGAAGGUUUUUAUUUUUAUUUUUUCAUUGUGGAAGGAGGAGGUUUUUAAUUUUUGUUGAAUUAAGGAGGGUUAAAUGAAUUUUGUUUUAAAUUUGUAUUGUGUUGCGCUUCAGUUAAAGUUAGUAGACCUGAUAUAUGUAUGUUACGGCUUUUUACACAAUUACAGUGUUAAAUCACUGAGUUCUUUAAUGUAUAUAAUUUGUGAAGCUAUUUUUUAACAGUGCUGCUGUCUUUGUCUGUGUGUGCAACUUUUUGUUUCUCAAAUAAAACUGUUUGAAGGAAGUA